UUCCGAAGAAAGGCACAAUAAUAAACCCUAAAUAAAAGUUCCUCCUUUAAGCAGCUCCUGCCUCCUCCUCCUCCUUUGUUUUUUUGGCUCCGAUUCUCAUUCAGCCGCCGCGACUGACUGAAUCAAUCAUGAGGGGACUCAAACGCGCCGCUGUUUCCGAAUCUUUUUCCGAACCCAACCAAUCUCCCUUUAAGAACGCAAAACCAGUGGAAGGAUCCAAGAAUGUGUCAUCAUUGGAUAAACAGAGGGCUGAGCUAGCUAGGAAGCAUGUGACAGCUCUUAAUAACCAAUUUGUAAGUUGGGUGCAAAUACAGCUGAAGAACCAUCCUGAUGAACUUUGGGAAGAUGGUAUGAAUGAUUACAUUAGCCAUGCUUCCACCAUUCUGGAAAAAUUUAAAGAUGUUGUCAACUGGCUAAAAGAAAAUAAGGGAAAGGGGGAGAAUGCAUCCCCUGAAUCUCGUGGACCAGAGAAGAAACUAGUGGCUGAUGUCAAGAAUAGCGACGUUAUAUCAGUUUCAAAUAACAGCUUGUUUACUUCAAACAAUCAACCUGGGCUCUUCUCAACCAAUCAAUCUUCCAGUUUUGCUACUAGUCAACAGUCUGGUUCGUUUUCAAGCCAGCCUGGAGUAUUCUCCAGCAGUCCAUUUGGUUUAGCAUCAAAUAGCCAAACAGGAUCUCUUAGCAGUGGCCAGUUUGGCUUAGCAUCCAAUAGCCAAACCGGAUCUUUAGGCAGUGGCCAGUUUGGCUUAGCAUCCAAUAGCCAAACCGGAUCUUUUAGCAGUGGCCAGUUUGGUUUAGCAUCCAAUAGCCAGACUGGAUCUUUUAGCAGUGGUCAGUUUGGUUUAGCCAAGAGCAGCCCACCUAGCCUGUUUUCCAGCAGUCAAGCAGGAGGAAUCUCCAAUAGUCAACCUUCUUUCUCAUUUUCUAAUAACCAGAACCCUUUUUCAUCUGGAGUUACUCCAGUUUCCAUACCGGCAAAGCGAGAAUCUCCAGAUGAUGCAGAGGCUGAAGAUGAACCACCUCAACCGAGCAGCCCGUCUGUCAAAAAGACCGAAGAGAAGGGUGUUACUGUGGUUCAUGAAGUUAAAUGCAAGCUUUAUGUCAAGUCAAAUGACCCAACAGAUAAAGGUGCAUGGAAAGAUAAAGGAACAGGAAAUCUCUACAUAAAAUGCAAAGAAGGGGUCGACAAGGGGACAAAAGAAUCUAAACCCACAAUUCUUGUCAGAAAUGAUGUGGGGAAACUUCUUCUGAAUGCUUUACUGUACACUGGAAUCAAGACUAGCGCACAGAAGAACGCACUUGUUGCAAUAUUCCAUUCAUCGGAGGAUUCCAACGAGAAUGUAACACCUAGAACCUUUCUGAUAAGGACAAAGACAGCCGAGGCUAGGGAUAAGUUAGCAACAGCCAUACAAGAAUACGCACCUUCUUCAUGAAAAUGCCGAAACACUUGUUAAUUUCUUAUUGAGCCAUCCACUCUAUUUUUGUCUCCCUUGUUCUGUAAUAUUAGGAAGGCUCUUGAGAGUAACCUAAGGCUUUGAUUAAAGUCAUACUCAUUGUUGUAUGAUUGAGAGGAGUGCCAAAUUUAUUCUGUAGCCUAAUAGAGAAUGUUGUGUGACAGUCUUUGUAACUUAAAAACUCAGAAACAAUAAAUCGUUCCUUUCUAUA